CGGUACCUCCGGCAGGAGACCACUGCCUGCAGCUCCUGUGAAGAUGUCCACUCCAGAUCCGCCCCUGGGUGGAACUCCUAGGCCUGGCCCUUCCCCAGGCCCUGGCCCCUCACCUGGUGCAAUGCUGGGCCCUAGCCCUGGCCCUUCACCAGGCUCUGCCCACAGUAUGAUGGGGCCUAGCCCAGGACCCCCUUCAGCAGGACAUCCCAUGCCUACCCAGGGGCCUGGAGGAUACCCUCAGGACAACAUGCACCAGAUGCACAAGCCUAUGGAGUCGAUGCACGAGAAGGGCAUGCCUGAUGACCCACGAUACAAUCAGAUGAAAGGGAUGGGCAUGCGGUCAGGGGCCCACACAGGUAUGGGACCCCCACCUAGUCCCAUGGACCAGCAUUCCCAAGGUUACCCUUCACCCCUGGGUGGCUCUGAACAUGCCUCCAGUCCCGUCCCAGCCAGUGGUCCAUCUUCAGGCCCUCAGAUGUCCUCUGGGCCUGGAGGGGCCCCAUUAGAUGGUUCUGACCCCCAGGCCUUGGGGCAGCAAAACCGAGGCCCAACCCCAUUUAACCAGAACCAGCUGCAUCAACUCAGAGCUCAGAUAAUGGCUUACAAGAUGUUGGCCAGGGGCCAGCCAUUGCCUGACCACCUGCAGAUGGCCGUGCAAGGCAAGCGGCCAAUGCCUGGAAUGCAGCAGCAGAUGCCAACACUACCUCCACCCUCAGUGUCUGCUACAGGACCUGGGCCUGGCUCUGGCCCUGGGCCUGGUCCAGGUCCAGGACCUGCCCCUCCAAAUUACAGUAGACCCCAUGGUAUGGGUGGGCCCAACAUGCCUCCUCCAGGACCCUCAGGUGUGCCCCCUGGGAUGCCUGGUCAGCCCCCUGGAGGGCCUCCCAAGCCAUGGCCUGAAGGACCCAUGGCCAAUGCUGCUGCCCCCACAAGCACCCCACAGAAGCUGAUUCCUCCCCAACCAACAGGCCGCCCUUCACCUGCACCUCCUGCUGUCCCACCUGCUGCCUCACCUGUGAUGCCACCGCAGACACAGUCCCCAGGGCAGCCGGCCCAGCCUGCUCCAUUGGUGCCCCUGCACCAGAAGCAGAGCCGCAUCACCCCUAUCCAGAAGCCCCGGGGCCUGGACCCUGUGGAGAUCCUACAGGAGCGAGAGUACAGGCUGCAGGCUCGAAUCGCACACCGAAUUCAGGAACUUGAAAAUCUUCCUGGGUCCCUGGCUGGGGACCUGCGAACCAAAGCAACCAUCGAACUCAAGGCCCUUAGGUUGCUGAAUUUUCAGAGGCAGCUGCGCCAGGAGGUGGUGGUGUGCAUGCGCAGAGAUACAGCUUUAGAGACAGCCCUCAAUGCCAAGGCCUACAAGCGCAGCAAACGACAGUCACUGCGGGAGGCCCGCAUCACUGAGAAGCUGGAGAAGCAGCAGAAGAUUGAACAGGAGCGAAAGCGCCGCCAGAAGCACCAGGAGUACCUCAACAGCAUCCUGCAGCAUGCAAAGGACUUCAGGGAGUAUCACAGAUCAGUCACAGGCAAACUCCAGAAACUCACCAAGGCUGUGGCCACCUACCAUGCAAAUACCGAGCGGGAGCAGAAGAAAGAAAAUGAGCGCAUCGAGAAGGAGCGAAUGCGGAGGCUUAUGGCUGAAGACGAGGAGGGCUACCGGAAGCUCAUUGACCAGAAGAAGGACAAACGCCUGGCCUACCUCCUGCAGCAGACAGACGAAUACGUAGCCAACCUCACAGAGCUGGUGCGGCAGCACAAAGCUGCUCAGGUUGCCAAAGAGAAGAAGAAGAAAAAGAAAAAGAAGAAGGUGGAAAACGCUGAAGGACAGACACCUGCUAUUGGUCCAGAUGGCGAGCCUCUGGAUGAGACCAGCCAGAUGAGCGACCUCCCUGUGAAGGUGAUCCAUGUAGAGAGUGGCAAGAUCCUCACAGGCACAGAUGCCCCAAAAGCUGGGCAGCUAGAAGCGUGGCUUGAGAUGAACCCAGGGUAUGAAGUUGCUCCCAGGUCAGAUAGUGAAGAAAGUGGCUCUGAAGAGGAGGAGGAGGAGGAGGAAGAAGAGCAGCCUCAACCUGCACAGCCCCCUACACUGCCUGUGGAGGAGAAGAAGAAGAUUCCAGACCCAGACAGUGAUGACGUCUCUGAGGUGGAUGCGCGACACAUUAUUGAGAAUGCCAAGCAAGAUGUGGAUGAUGAGUACGGUGUGUCCCAGGCCCUUGCUCGUGGUCUGCAGUCCUACUAUGCUGUGGCCCAUGCUGUCACAGAGAGAGUGGACAAGCAGUCAGCCCUCAUGGUCAACGGUGUCCUCAAACAGUACCAGAUCAAGGGCUUAGAGUGGCUGGUGUCCCUGUAUAACAACAACCUGAAUGGCAUCCUGGCUGAUGAGAUGGGGCUGGGAAAGACCAUCCAAACCAUCGCGCUCAUCACAUACCUCAUGGAGCACAAGCGCAUCAACGGGCCCUUCCUCAUCAUUGUGCCUCUCUCGACGCUGUCAAACUGGGCAUAUGAGUUUGACAAGUGGGCCCCCUCAGUGGCGAAGGUUUCCUACAAGGGCUCUCCAGCAGCAAGACGAGCUUUCGUCCCACAGCUACGUAGUGGAAAGUUCAAUGUCUUAUUGACCACCUAUGAGUAUAUCAUCAAAGACAAACAUAUCCUGGCCAAGAUCCGCUGGAAGUACAUGAUUGUGGAUGAAGGCCACCGCAUGAAAAACCACCACUGCAAGCUGACACAGGUCCUCAACACACACUAUGUGGCCCCUCGGCGCCUGCUUCUUACGGGCACACCAUUGCAGAACAAGCUACCCGAGCUCUGGGCGCUGCUUAACUUCCUGCUGCCCACUAUCUUCAAGAGCUGCAGCACCUUCGAACAGUGGUUCAAUGCACCUUUUGCUAUGACAGGAGAGAAGGUGGACCUGAAUGAAGAGGAGACCAUCCUCAUUAUCCGUCGCCUGCACAAGGUGCUGCGGCCCUUCCUCCUGCGGCGGCUCAAGAAGGAAGUUGAAGCCCAGCUACCUGAGAAGGUGGAGUAUGUCAUCAAAUGUGAUAUGUCAGCCCUACAACGUGUGCUCUACCGUCACAUGCAGGCCAAAGGUGUGCUGUUGACUGACGGCUCUGAGAAGGACAAAAAGGGCAAAGGUGGCACCAAGACACUGAUGAACACUAUCAUGCAGCUUCGCAAGAUCUGCAACCACCCCUACAUGUUCCAGCAUAUCGAGGAAUCCUUUUCUGAACACUUGGGGUUCACCGGCGGCAUCGUGCAAGGAUUGGACCUGUACCGUGCCUCAGGGAAGUUUGAACUUCUUGAUAGAAUUCUACCCAAACUCCGUGCAACCAACCAUAAAGUGCUACUCUUCUGCCAAAUGACCUCCCUCAUGACCAUCAUGGAAGACUACUUUGCAUACCGUGGCUUCAAAUACCUCAGGCUUGAUGGAACCACAAAAGCAGAGGACCGGGGCAUGCUGCUGAAAACCUUUAAUGAGCCUGGCUCUGAGUACUUCAUUUUCCUGCUCAGUACUCGUGCUGGGGGGCUGGGCCUCAACCUGCAGUCAGCCGACACUGUGAUCAUCUUUGACAGUGACUGGAAUCCCCACCAGGACCUGCAAGCACAGGAUCGUGCCCAUCGAAUUGGGCAGCAGAAUGAGGUGCGUGUGCUCCGCCUGUGCACCGUUAAUAGUGUGGAGGAGAAGAUCCUGGCCGCUGCCAAGUACAAACUGAAUGUGGACCAGAAAGUUAUCCAGGCAGGCAUGUUUGACCAGAAGUCAUCCAGCCAUGAGCGGCGUGCCUUCCUACAGGCUAUCCUGGAGCAUGAGGAACAGGAUGAGGAGGAAGAUGAGGUACCUGAUGAUGAGACCGUCAACCAGAUGAUUGCCCGGCAUGAAGAAGAGUUUGACCUCUUCAUGCGCAUGGACUUGGACCGCCGGCGUGAAGAGGCCCGCAACCCUAAGCGGAAGCCACGCCUGAUGGAAGAGGAUGAGCUCCCAUCCUGGAUCAUCAAGGAUGAUGCUGAGGUAGAACGGCUCACAUGUGAGGAGGAAGAGGAGAAGAUGUUUGGCCGUGGUUCCCGCCACCGCAAGGAGGUGGACUACAGCGACUCACUGACAGAGAAGCAGUGGCUCAAGACCCUGAAGGCCAUCGAGGAGGGCACGCUGGAGGAGAUCGAAGAGGAGGUCCGGCAGAAGAAAUCCUCACGCAAGCGCAAGCGGGACAGCGAGGCCGGCUCCUCCACCCCGACCACCAGCACCCGCAGCCGUGACAAAGACGAUGAGAGCAAGAAGCAGAAGAAGCGUGGACGGCCACCUGCCGAGAAACUGUCCCCAAACCCUCCUAACCUUACCAAGAAAAUGAAGAAGAUUGUGGAUGCCGUGAUCAAGUACAAGGACAGCAGUAGUGGAAGACAGCUCAGUGAGGUGUUCAUCCAGCUUCCCUCACGCAAGGAGCUUCCUGAGUACUAUGAGCUCAUUCGAAAACCCGUGGACUUCAAGAAGAUCAAGGAACGCAUCCGCAACCACAAGUAUCGCAGCCUCAAUGACCUGGAGAAGGAUGUGAUGCUGCUGUGCCAGAAUGCUCAGACGUUCAACCUCGAGGGUUCCUUGAUCUACGAGGACUCCAUUGUCCUGCAGUCUGUCUUCACCAGUGUGCGGCAGAAAAUUGAGAAGGAGGAUGACAGUGAAGGCGAAGAAAGUGAGGAGGAAGAGGAGGGCGAGGAGGAAGGCUCCGAGUCUGAGUCCCGCUCUGUCAAGGUAAAGAUCAAACUGGGCCGGAAGGAGAAGGCCCAGGAUCGGCUGAAGGGGGGCCGGCGGCGGCCAAGCCGGGGAUCCCGGGCCAAGCCCGUUGUGAGCGACGACGACAGUGAGGAGGAUCAGGAAGAGGACCGCUCAGGAAGUGGCAGCGAGGAGGACUGAAGCAGACAUUCCGGAGUCCUGACCCCGAGGCGCACGUCCCAGCCAAGAUGGAGUAGCCCUUAGCAGUGAUGGGUAGCACCAGAUGUAGUUUCGAACUUGGAGAACUGUACACAUUCAAUCUUCCACAUUUAUAGGCAGAGAAGAAUAGGCCUGUCUGUUGGCCCUGGUCUGGCCUUGAGUCUCUACCAGCAUUAACUGACUAGAGAGGGGACCUCUUGGAGGCACCAUCCACCUCCCCGGGCCCCAGUCACUGUAGCUCAGCGUGGAUGCAUGCGCGUGCAGUCCACUCCUUGUACUGUAUCUUCCUGGACAGAGCCGACUCUCCAGGAGGUUCGCAGGCCCCGCGGGUAUGUCAGUGUCACUGGAGUCAGACAGUAAUAAAUUAAACCAAUGACAAACCA